GCUGAUUUUUUCCAAAUAUUUAUCGAAUUUCUUUUUGUUCAAGAAAAAUAAUCAAACAACAACAACAAAAAUGUCAAAUACAUCGGUUCGUGUACAUCCAUUGGUCGUAUAUAAUAUUAUCGAUAUUUAUGAACGAAGAAAUUUGGAUGCCAAUCGUGUAAUUGGUACUUUGCUUGGUUCUGUGGAUAAAUUGGGCAAUGUUGAAAUAUCAAAUUCAUUCGUUGUUAAACAUCGUGAAGCCAAUAAUGAAGUUGCUGUUGAUUUGGAAGUAGCUAAAGAGCUAUAUGAAUUGCAUAAAAAAGUUUUUCCAAGUGAAACUAUUGUUGGAUGGUUUGCAACCGGUGGUGGUGAAGUCAAUGAAUAUUCCGUUGUCAUACAUGAUUAUUAUUCACGUGAAUGUCAAAAUCCUAUCCAUUUGACUGUGGAUCCAUCAGCCGAUGGUAUUUCAGUUAAAGCUUAUGUAUCAACAAUAUUUGGUAUUCCAGGCAAAAAUGUUGGUACAAUGUUCACACCGAUUGAUGAUAUCAGUAUAUCGUAUUGUUAUGAACCAGAAUUGAUUGGUGUUCGUGCUUGUAUGUAUGCCGCUGGAUUACCAUCAGUAUCGACGGAUUCGAAAGAAAUUUUCCUUGCAAAUGAAUUGGAUCAAAUCAUACAAAUGUGUAACAAAUGUCAGGAUGAUAUUGCACGUAUUGUUAAAUUUAUCGAAGAGAAAAUUCUUUCCGGUACAUCAAAAGUAUCGAUUCCAUCGAAUACCAAUGAUAUUGGACGGCAAUUGAUGGCUAUGAUUGAAAACAUUAUACCAUUUGGUGGUGAUGAUGACGAGGCAUUUAAUUCAAAUUUGAAAGAUUUCCUCAUGGUUGUUUACCUGUCGAACUUAUCGAAAACACAACUUGGUUUGAAUGAAAAAAUAAGCCAUUUACUUGCAACUGAACGGCCAGCCAUUACCGCUGCUGGUCAUUCGGUACAAGUGUUGCUACAAACAAUGCAAGAUAAAUUCCAAGCAAUGAGCGAUGAAAUCGUUCAUCGUAUAGAUGAAAUGGGGCAUCGUAUUAAUGAUCUUGAACAGAAUAUUAGUGAUCUGAUGCAACAAGCCGAUAUGAAUGAAAAUUCAAAUGAAAUGUCAUCAACAUCGGAUUCACAACAACAACAACAACAGCAACAGUCAAAAUCACAAACAAUGGAUGUUGGUAAACAGGACCAACAAAUUGAUGAGUGAAA